CGACAUCAACGACCCAAUGGCUGUCACCAAGGACUCGACCAGCUCCGCGCUGGUCUCGAAGGAUCUCUGGAAUGGUGCAGGUGACGCGCCUCAAUUGGUCGACGUGUUGACGCAAUUGGCGCAUUUUCUCGAACAAAUCGGCUACACCAAGACUGUCGCCGCGCUGCAGAAGGAAGCGAGCAAGAACGAUAUCACGGUCAUCAGCGCAGAAUGGACACGGGCGAUCGACGCGAAGACCGGCACUCCCCUCCUCGAGCUGUACGAAUUAUGGCAAAAGAAGAAGAAGACUUUGCCGACACUCCCCGCCGCCGACGACAACACCAGCGAUAGUGAGGAUGACAGUGAUGGCGAAGACGAAUCCGAGGAUGCCGCAGAGGACGCAUUGGUGGACGUCGAAGCCGAAGAGACCAGCGAUGACGAUUCAGACGAGAAGAGCGAGUCGGACGGCGACAGCAGCAGCGACGAGGUGGACAAUGAUGAGAUGACAGGGUCAGCAGCCCCGGACAAAAAGCGAAAACGUUCGCCGUCGCCAGCUUCCUCGGAUGACUCCAGCUCCGACGGCUCCGACUCUAGUUCCGACGAGAGCCAAGCGCCGCCCGCGAAGAAGGCCAAGGUCAAAGCAUCCGCCACAUCCAGCAGCAAUGAGACUUCGUCCUCCAAAAGCGACAGCUCCAGCUCCAGCUCUGAAUCAGAUUCCGGCUCCGAUUCCAGCAGUGACAGCGCCAGCAGCGACUCCAGCAGUGACUCAAGCAGCGACUCCAGCAGCGAUUCGUCCAGCGAUUCGUCCAGCGAGUCCGAGUCCGAGGCGCCUCCUCCUGCGAAGAAAGAGAAGGUCAAGAAGGAAAAGAAAGUCAAGGCUAGCAAAAUGGAUUCCGUGCCUGCAACGGUCGAUCAUGUCGGUCCGGUAAAAGAAGGUUCUACUGCAUCUUCCGCAACGCUGGAGGGAGAGGAUACACCAAACGUUCAAGAAUCCCACAUUCACCCGUCCCGCCUCCGUCAGGUGCCCUCUUCAGAUCCCGCUCCUGCGGCUGGGAGUGCCAACAAGCUUUCAGGCAAGAAAGAAAUAGUGCCCUUCUCGCGCAUUCCAGUCGAUCAGAAAGUCGACCCGCGAUUCGCAAGCAAUGCGUACGUGAGCUACGACUACGCGGACCGGGCCCACCAGGACCUGAUCGUCACGAAGGGCAAGGGCUUCACCAAGGAGAAGAACAAGAAGAAGCGAGGAGCCUAUCGUGGUGGUGCCAUCGACCUCACACCCAAGGGCAUCAAGUUCGACGACUAGUCGGAUACGCUCGCGCUCAUUGGACAUCGGUUUUCUUGUUUGUUGCGUUUAGCGGGCUUGGUUGUAUCAAAUUCCAGUAGACAAGCCGGACACCAUACACGUGAGGGCUUCAGGCGUCGAAAAGAGGGGACCCAAGACAACUGAAACUUUCCAUCCUUCG